CUUCCACGGAAAACGUGGCUCGGUUGAGUCAUUCCGUGCAUAUUCUGCGAGAGAAGUGGCGAUAAAAUGUCGCAUGCAAACAUUGACGUCUCGCUUAUUGGUAAACUAAUCCGAGAUUUGAAAAAUGCAUCUGCUGUUCGUGUAAUUAAUGUGAAUUAUAAGAAUAUCGGGGAAAAAGGUGGUAACUACACCAGUGAAGUGAAGCAAAUCAUAGUAAAGUGCAUCAUCAACGAAAAUGGAAGUGAAACUGAGGAAGAAUUAUCACUUUUCUUGAAAGUCAUGCUCAGUUUUGAUGACGAGCCAUUGAAACAAAUGCUUCAUGAAGCACAUCACAAUGAGACGGCAAUCAUGACGGGCCCCCUGAAGCAAAUGCAGGAAAUCUCGGCGAUACCUCGGACACCGAAAUUUUUAUUCAGCCAUUUGGAGGAACCCUAUUACGCUAUUAUGGAGGAUCUCGGCCCCUUGGGAUUUGGUACUGUUAGUCGAACAGCUGCAUUAGAUUUACAACAUGCCAGACUAGUAAUUCGUAAUCUUGCUAUGUUCCAUGCAACCUCCGUGGUAGUUAGUGAAAAGAACCCUGAGUACAAAGAGAAGUUGAAACACCACUUCGCCAAGAGGUCACAAGUUUGUGCAUAUACGUAUAUUGUUACUGGAUACAGCUCACUGGUUGCUGAGGUCUCCAAGUGGAAGGAGGUUGAUCCUAAAUGUAUUGAGAAAAUGGAAAAUCUGAAGAGCACUUUCUUUGCAAAAGCUGAGAAAGCUUUCACUCCAAGGGACGGUGAAUUUUGUGUUCUCACCCACGGGGAUUGCAGUCAAUUGAACAUCUUGUUCAGAUAUGAUGAACAGAAAAAACCGGAUAAAAUUGCAAUGGUGGAUUUCCAGUACGCAUCUUACAAUUCCCCAGCUCUCGAUCUUCAUUACUUUAUAUCCGGCAGUUGCAUUGCUGAUGUGCAAAGUCAAGACGAUGCCCUUCUGAAAGAAUACCACUCAGUUCUAUCGGAAUCAAUGAAGUCUGUGAAUUGUAGAACGGCAGUGCCUUCCCUAGAUGAUAUCAGAAAGCUGUACGAUGAGAGAAGAUUUUUGAGUGUGGUAGUCGCAUUUUUAAUCGAACCAAUCUUGCACGCACAGCCAUCCGAUAUUAUUCCUAUCGAUGAUAUGGCAUCUCAAGACAAGAGUAAGCUUUAUGCGGCAGCUCAUGUCAGGAAGAAAUUGGUUCCUCGUAUUAAAGAGUAUGACAAACUCGGACUGUUGGAUGUUUGAUGAGGUGCGAUGUUAAUGCCUUCACUAUCUGAUUGUUAAUAUUUCUGAGAUUCAAUAAUAAAAGUAACAUUUCAUAUCCGCUUUAA